UGUAGAAGCAAAAAGUUAUCGGCAUUUCCUUAAGUUUACAGAUCAAUUAUAAGUGAAUUGUGAUUUUUAAUUAUGUCAUUUAACGAUUUACCUGAUAUUUGUCUUUGGAAAAUCUUUGAAAAUAUCGAUGAGGCCAAAGAUUUGAUUCGAUUGUCUAAAGUUUGUUCGAGAUGGUCCGAUUUAAUUAGGCCGAGAUUUAAUCGAGUAAAAUAUCUUCAUUUGUUGGGUUCAAGUGAUGCGGUUGAUUAUAUCGAUCCGAAUAGUUUGUGGAUUAAUGCUGAUACGAAAUGGAAUUAUUACAAUUUAUUCAAAUUGUUUCCGAACAUUAAGAUUAUAGAUACUGUGGUCUUUGAUUAUCAUGGAUCUUUCAAUUUACCAGAAAUUGUCAAAAAUAAUCCACAAAUAAAGGGAUUGAUUGGUAAUUUUGAUUUCAAAAACAACGCUUAUGACUUUGCAAAUAUCGAAAUGUUCGCUUCAGAUAUUAAUUUCGAUUAUAAAAAAGUUUUUCGACCUGAUCAGUUGAAACAAGUUCACGGCCCCUAUUUUGAUAUGAGUGAUCUUCCUUCAUUCAUUAAAUAUUUUCCAAAUUUGAAGCGACUCCACUUAAAACUCUGUGCAGCGGACGGAGUUUUUUACGAUGGACCGGAUUUGUCCGCGUUAAAGAUUCUUGAACUUGGUACAACCGAUUUUAUUGAAAAGGAAUUCACCGGAUUUCAUUUCAUGGAUUUUUGUACAUCUUUGGAAAGCGCUUUCAUACGCACUUACUUCUGGGCAAAGGAUAUUUAUGUAAAUGAAUCUCUAAAGAAUUACAAUCUAAGAGAUUUGGUUAUCGAUAAUAUGUCUUCUGGUAGUUUUUCGUGGCUGCCUCUUAAAAAACUGGUGUCUAAAUUUCCCAACUUACAUCAUCUAGCGAUCAGAUAUUUUGAUAAGCUCGAUGAUAGUAAUUUAGGAGAAUUGAUAAAUUUAUUUCCUGAAUUGGAGAUAUUGGACUUGAUGUUAGUAAUUUUGAUUUAGAAGAAUUGAUGAAAUUAUUACCAAAGUUGAAGUUAUUGGAUUUCCGGAAAUUUAAUAUAUUCGGCAAAUCGGCUGAUUAUCUGUCCAAAUAUUAUGUCAAAGAGAAUCGAUCAGUUGUAAUUUAUUACAGUUGCAACAAUGAACCCACCGAAUGGCCUGAAUCGUUGGAGACUCACGAACGGAUUUGCUAUGGAUUCGAUUUCAUGAAACAUUGUUUUCAUAAAACUUGGGACUCUCUUCCAGAUUUGAUUGAUGAAGAUAAAUAAAAUUUCUAAUUAAAUUGA